UGGACUCUCUCUGUCUCUCUCUUCGCGCAGGACCUGCACCGCACGGGCUGCAGCAUGUUCUGCGGCCAGUCCAACCAGGCCGUGCUCAAGCGCGUGCUGCUCGCGUACGCACGCUGGAACAAGGCGGUGGGCUACUGCCAGGGCUUCAACAUGCUGGCCGCCCUCAUCCUGCAGGUCAUGGACCGCAACGAGCCCGACUCCGUCAAGGUGAUGAUCUACCUGAUCGAGGGCGUGCUCCCGGAGAGCUACUUCGCCAACAACCUGCGCGGCCUGUCCGUGGACAUGGCCGUGUUCAGGGACCUGCUCCGGUUGCGGCUGCCCCAGCUGUCCCGCCACCUGGAGCACCUGCAGAUGGAGGCAGGGGACAACACAGGAACGUGCUACGAGCCGCCACUCACCAACGUGUUCACCAUGCAGUGGUUCCUCACCCUGUUCUGCAACUGCCUUCCGCAGCCCGUCGUGCUCAGGGUCUGGGACCUCAUCUUCCUCGAGGGGAACCAGAUCCUGCUGCGCACCGCCCUGGCGAUAUGGGACCACCUGGCAGAGCGCAUCAUGACGGUCAGCAGCGCGGAUGAGUUCUACAGCAUCAUGGGCGUCCUGACCCGGGAGAUCCUCGAGUUCAGCCAGAACGACUCCAACCGUCUCAUCAAGACGGUGGUGGCGAUGCAGUGCCCCGAGCUGCCCGCUCUGCGGGACAAGUACAUGUACAACAUAACGCCCUGGACCAGCACCGUGUCCUCCGGGCUGCGCCGAGGCCUACGGCUCUUCUACACGGAGGACGACUCGGGCGACUCGGGAGACAACUCGGACCAGGACGAUGAUGAGAGGAUCGCCGUGGCCGCCGCUUUCGGCAUCGCCGACCUCUUUCGAUCGCCCAGGAGACGAGGGUCGGUGAACGCGGGAGGCAGCGGGCACCGGGGGGCGGCGGCCGGGGCGGGCCCGCUGGCGGCCAUGCCCGCCCCCGACCGAGAGCGGGAGCGGCUCUCCCUGGACGUGUCCAUGCUCAAGCAGCAGUACUGCCGCCUGCGGGAGCGUCAGCGGCAGGCGCACAUCAUCGUGACGGCGGCGUGCGGCGGCCUCGGCGGCCUCGGGGGCCUAGGGGGCGGCUCGUCGGGGCCCCUCAGCGGGCCCUCCGUGGCCAUGAACCACCUCCUGAUCGGCAAGCCCGCCCUCCGCAGCGCCAAGGGCCGCCGCCUGCCGCCGCCUCCGGGGGCCGUGCCGCCGCCCCCCACCAAGACCGCUGCAGCCGCGUCCGCGGCCAAGCGGAACAGCCUGCAGCCUCGGCCGGUGGAAACUCUUCACUGGAAGGACGAGGACAAGCGCAGGAAGUCGCUGGCGGACGGAGGGAGCGAGCUUCCGGUCGAGCGUCCCAGUCGGCCACGCUCCCGGUCCGGAAGCGCGGGCAGCCAGCGCAGCAGCGGCAGCAGCGCCGGGUGCAGCAGGAGCAGCAGCAGCACCUCGACGGAGCUUUGCGACGACCCGGGAGCGCCCAGCGAGGAGGAGGAACACGUCGACCUCGUGCAGUGGGAUUCCAAGACCGACGGCCAAGUGAAAGGGCAGAAAAGGGCGACUCAGACUUCGGCGAAACUACUGGACGAGUCCGUCUCGGAGGCACGCGGGCCGGAAUCGCUGUUGCUGGAUGAGGACUCAGUGCUCCUGCUUCCGGGGCUGAAAUCGGAAACACAAUUAGAUUCCCAAAGUAAAACGACAUUGGAUACAAAUUCAGAAGAGAAGUCGCAGGACGUCGACCUCCUUCAGAUGGAACACCUUGUCGAAGACCAGAGCCUGAACUUGCUGCAGGCCGAGGUGAGGUAUCAGACAUCCGCCGUCUUCGAGCUCGAGGCCGUGGCCGAAGUGAACCAGUGUGCGGGGGACACGGAGACUAGCAGCCUGGAGUCAACUGGAGAGGGCAUCCUGGUGGAAACCGCGAAACUCCCCGUGGAUGCCGAUGUGUCCACACGACAAGAGUUGGACGCGUGGAUGACGGCGUUGCGAGACGACAUAAGCGAUCAGCUGACGCCAACAACAACCGCCGCCGAGGACUCAGGGGAGUCACCGGAUAAGGUGGUCGCGUCGGUGACAGAGAAACUCAGGCUCAUCAUGGAGCACCUGUCGCGCUCGCCGUCCGAAGACUCGAGCGCCAUGCGAGAGUCGUCGUCGCCGACGUCCACGAGCUCGCGAGAGAGUCGUCAGCGCAUCAUGGAACGACUCUUCGGGCGCGAGGGGUCGUUCAUGGAGGAGAGCGGCGACGAGGGGAGCGUGGCCUCGCUCAAGUCCAGCGCACUUGAGUUGGACCUCAGCGAGCUGCUCGACGAACAAGAGGAGGAAGUGGGUGGGCGAGACGCGGAGCGAGCUCGAAGCGCGGCCGGGGACGUGGAGGGUGUCACGGCCAGUAGCAGACGAGCCAAGCGCCUGGACCGUCAGAACAGCGAGCGAGCAUCCAGGAUCAUCCGCGAGAACUCAGAGAUCUUGCAGCGCAUCUCGGCCUGGCAGCGCAGUGGACGCGCCUUCACGCUGCCUGAGCUCAGUGAGCCUCCCGACCUGCUCUCGUCCAGCUGCCCCGUGCACAAGGGGCCGCCGACGACACUGCUCGAGGAUGAGGAGGAGGUGGCGGCCGCCCCGGUCGCGACCCUCAGCCGCGCCCUGUGCAGGGACAAGAGCCAGCGAGUCCCCGCCGACCUGCCUCUGUCGAAACAAGCGUCCCUCGACGAAACAUGUAGAUCCAGCAGAAAGGCCACGGUCAAGACCGUUGAGAGGAUGCAGCUCAUCUUGGACCACGGUGAGACAGAGGCCUCGCCCACCGCGUCGCAGAGGCACACGUUCAAGCCCACUUACAAGUUCCCCGAGAUGUCGCCCCUCACCACGUCGCCGCUGCAGCCGCUACCAGGCGCGCACAUACUCCGUGUCCCGGAGGCCGAGCGGGCCGAGCCCAAGAAGUGGCGGCCAGAGCUAAGUCCACCGAGCACCCCGAUGGUGGAAAAGGCGUUGGCCUCUGCCAGGGCGUCGAACACUUUUACCUCCGUCUCCACCACCUCCUCCGCUCCCCCGUCGUACCUCGCCCCCCGCGGCAGGACGGACGAGGCAGGCCGGUCCCCCACUGACAGACCUAGGCCCGUGGUGGGGUCGGUCCCCCUGGACGCCCCCACGACGCUACCCGUGCAGACGCCAUCGCUGCCUCGCGAGGGACCCCAAGAGCCGCGUGAGGCAUCGGAGGGGCCACAGAGGGGUGCCUCACCGCAAAGCAGCCCACCCGGCAGAGCCGCAGGGAGGCGCAAAAAGGCCGACAAAUCUCCUGACGACGCCGGACCCCCCACAUUCAAUCCAUUCCCGUCCAGAAGCACCGUGCGUCAGCCCAAAGACAUUGGAGUGAAGCUCGGCUUAUAUCCAAGCUCGGCCCCGGCCUCGGCUACCUCUCCGACCACAACGUUAGCCUCGGCCAAAAAGAGCGAGAUAAGGCCAUCGUAGUUGGAAGAAGCGAACCCAAGACUGACAAACCCUCCGCGCGACCCUGUCUUCCUGUUAGUCCCCAAAUAAUAAGGUUUAAUGCACACUUCUGCGGGUUACUAUGCAUGCUCAGCCUCUGGCAUCAGAGGGGCAAAGUUGUCUGUCUUACUGAGAAGUAUAUUCCAUAAAAUGGUUUUCCUUCCAUCACUUUCUUUCUUCGCGAAAUGAUAAAUAAUAUUGCUGAAGUGGCUCAUUGUGUGCUCUCUAUUUAGCAUUGAAGCAGGUGUGAAUUUGUUGAAUUUGUCUCUGGUCAAAUUCAAUCAAAAAUAAAUAAAUGGCGAGCAUAGACAAAUGUUUGUGUGCUAGCAUUCGUCUUUCGAUCUUCGCUGUUUUGGGCUGCUAUCUUUAUCUGUUCCUGUGAUUUACGAGUGAUCCUAUUUUAUAGUUUGCUUUGACGCCAUUAAUAGAAAUAAAUGUUGUCUGAAAAGAAA